GAUUUACCUAAUGUGAUCCAUGCAGAACCAACUCAGCCUAUAAAUAAGACUGACAUGUUUUAGAGAUGAAAGAACAUAUGGUAUGGAGAAAACAAAAGGGAAGUGUUGUGAAAUGAAGACAAAUAUUACUGGAAGCGUGAUAUUGGUGAGUACCGUAGCAGUGUUGCUACUGCAUCUGGUCUGCUCAACCAUAGCAGCUCCUGGGCAGCUUUUCGAAAUUGAUCCAUGCGGACCAGAGGCUGCAGCUCUCAAGACUAACAUAAGAAAACUAGAGAAUAAAUUGCUGAUCACAACUUGGAUGACCGAGCAUCUCCAAAUGUAUAGAUACUUCAAACCGCUUGAGUUUUCUGCAUCCGACAGUAAACCUCAGACUGACCCGGCACCCGAUGUAAACAAAAACAACAACACCUUGGACAACAAAAUGAUGAAACCAAUUCCUCCAGCUGGAAAUUUGAUUGUCCAUGACAAAGACUGCUCCGAACUUUAUGAUAGGCUGAGAUCACCAAGCGGCUUUUACCGCAUCAGACCCAAGUUACACCAGGAGCCGUUUUUAGUCUACUGUGACAUGGAGGACGGAGGAGGAUGGACAGUGUUUCAGAGGCGUCGGCAUGGAAAAGUUGACUUUAACAGAGACUGGGUGGACUACAGAGAUGGGUUUGGAGAAUUCAAACUAUGGAAUGAUGAGUUUUGGUUGGGGAAUGAGCACAUGAAUGCUCUGCUGUCAGAAGAUAAAAACCUGGUGAAGAUUGAUCUCAUGGACUGGGAUGGAAAGAGAAGUUUUGCAUUUUAUGAGAACUUCAGGAUCACAGAUGAAGCUGAUAAGUAUCGUCUCCAGUACGGGCAGUACAGUGGGAAAGCUGGUGAUGCUCUGACUGGUGGUGGAGGAAUGGUGGAGCAGUGGUCUUCCAGCCUUAGUGGGAUGCAGUUCAGCACUGGAGAUCAGGAUAAUGACCGCUUCCUUCAGGGAAGCUGUGCCAAAGAGAAUCAGGCUGGUUGGUGGUUCAACAGGUGUCAUGCAGCCAACCUAAAUGGCAAGUUCUAUGGGAGGGGGAAAUACAAGGCUGAGUAUGACAAUGGUGUGGUGUGGGGGACUUGGAAAGGCCUCUGGUACUCUCUUAGACACACCGCUAUGAAGGUGCGCCCCCUGGUUUUUUUGGAUAUUGCAGGAAGUGGAGCAGGGGACAUUUAAAAAUCCUAGAUUUCUGUCUAAAAUUAAAGAAAACAAGGUAUUUAAAAAAAAUGUAUUCAUUGUAUUUUAAUUACUUCCUUUGCUUCAACUUCAAAUUAUAGCUAAAAUCAACAAAACAUAAUUUUAUUUUUUUUUCCAGUGAGCAUUUCUGAGAAUGUAAAAUUGCCAGAUUUUUAAACAAACAGUAUUUUAGCUUCAUUGUUUCACCAGUGUUCCUACUCUUGCAAAAGAGUUCAUGCCCCUCAACUUUUUUCACAUUUUAUGUUAAAACCCCAUACUUCAUGUAUUUCAAUGUGAUUUUAUGUGAUGAAGACAUUAAUUAUAGCAUACUUAGGAAAUGGAAGAAAAGGAUAUGUGGUUCUCAAAAAUGUAUGAAUUUGAAAAUGUAUUUGUCUUCAGCCCUCUUAACCCCAAUCAAAGGCACUGUGUCAGCUGUUGAACACAAUUGCAGUUCAAUACUGCAUAUGUACUACUACUGUACACAAAUUAGAAUACAAAAUCCCUGCCUGAACAACAGCACACCCCAAUUGUUACUGUAAUAAGUAUUGAGACUUCACAACAUUGCUGAAACUGUAGAUUUACAGUUGAUAUAAACCUUUUUUUGUUGCAUCUUGAAAUCUAUCACCAAUCUAGCUGGUGUUUAACCUUGCAGAAGGGUGAAUGUGCUCAUUAUACCAUGGAAAUAUUAAAAGCAAUGCAUUAAAAAUGUUAAA